UUGGUUUUUUUCUCCGAAAGUUGCUUCAUUUGGUGUAAGUUUUAUAUUACAGUGCUGAUUUGUGGUUGGGGCUUGAUACUAUUUUAAACGCAGUGGUGGUUAAGAAAGGGGCUUUUAUUUUUUAAAUCCUUGGGAUCGGUUUGUUCCCUUCCUGGGAGGAUUUCUAUCUGCAGAUCGGCCAUGGAUUCACGCCUUCUUGCUCCCCACGAGCCGCACACGAAAAUGGUCAUUUGUGAAUCUUCUCCACUGCUCUUUUAACAGGAAGAAGAAACAUUUGAAUAAUAUUCUUCAAAAAAUCAUUACUCAAUUCAGAUCUCUGGUUUCUCCCAAUUCAAGAAGACAAAAAUGACAGUUUUUUACUCCAGCUCCACUAAUCAGGAGGAGAUCAUGCCUAGCCUGUAUCCCAGAGAACCGGCUCGCACAACAUACCCUGAGAUACCAUUUCAAGCAAACAUGGUGUAUUUUCAACAUUCAUCUUCUGCUCCGUGUACCAUGAAUUCACACGACUCAUCUGAAGAAGUGGCGGCCAACCAUUUUGACGAAAACACAUAUAAUUCUUGGAGGGAAGGAAGAAACAACACGUUAAUGAUGCAAACAAAUGAUGAUUCACAAUUGAGUAUUCUAAGUGGCCACAACUUCUCUUUAAGUUCUUCAACUAUGCAGGGCCAAGGGUUAUCUCUCAGCCUUGGCACACAAGUUUCAGUGCCUACUUUUCAUUAUUUGCCUGCUACUGCAGAUAUUUCCUUCUCUGUUCCAAAUCAGACAACUUCAUUAAGUGAUGAGUCGUGUAAAAAAAGCUCAUUGAUGAAGCAUGCACAAGUGAAUUCCUCUCAUCCUAAUGUUCCGUAUCUCAUGAAUUCCACUCUUAAUUUGAAUUAUCUGAAAGCGACGAGAGAGUUACUGGAUGAAGUUGUUAAUGCUCGGAAGGCGUUGAUACAAAAAAAUGGUAAAAGCUCGGCUUUUGGCAACUCUGGCGGCUUCAGUGAGUGUAAAGAUGCUGAUUUUGGAUCAGAGACCGGUGAGAUUCCAUUGAUGUUUAAGGAUGAUACUGCUAGUGAAAGGAGGGAGAUUUCAGCUUCAGAGAGACAGGAGUUUCAGAGCAAGUUGGCAAAACUCGUGGAGAUGGUUGAUGAGGUUGAUCGAAAAUACAAGCAAUAUUACCAUCAAAUGCAGGUGGUCAUGUCUUCCUUCGACGUCGUAGCCGGCGUCGGAGCUGCUAAGCCUCAAACGAUAUCCCGCCAUUUUCGGUGCCUGCGAGAUGCUAUUACCGCUCAGAUACAAUCAAUACGAAAAAUACUAGGAGAGCAUGAAAAUGGUGAUAGCGUCCGACUGUGUCGUCUUCGCUACAUCGAUCAAGAGCUAAGACAACGGAGGGUCGUGCAGCAGUAUGGCAUACUACAACCUCAUGCUUGGAGGCCACAAAGGGGCUUACCCGAGAACUCAGUCUCGAUUCUUCGAGCUUGGUUGUUCGAACACUUCCUACACCCAUACCCAAAAGAUUCGGAGAAGCUAAUGCUUGCGCGACAAACCGGUUUAACAAGAAGUCAAGUCUCAAAUUGGUUCAUAAACGCGCGAGUUCGCCUCUGGAAGCCGAUGAUCGAAGAAAUGCACAAAGAAGAGCUUGGUGAUGUCGACGCAGACUCUAAAUCAUCCCCUGAAAAGCUACAGAAACUUCAAGACGAUGCGAGAUGUUCCGCCGACAAAGACGAAGACCCUCAAAGUUCCGAUGCUGAAAAUUUCAGACUGAGCCAUUCCGACGAACCUUCAAAAUCCAAUCCGAUUAAUGAUCUCGACACCUGCGGUUCCGAUGCUCAUUUCGAUCACAAAUCAAGGGACGAGAAAUCGAUCGGAGAAGAAAGUAACCUAAUGCAGACCAACCUGAGCAAUCCCGACGAUGUAAGCGGGAGAAUCAUGGCGUAUCAGAUGGCCGAAUUAGGUCAAUAUGGAACCGGGGCGGUGUCUCUAACCCUCGGGCUUCCUCACUGGGGCUCGAAUCUCCCCGCAUCAAACGGUCAGCAUAGCUUCGUGUCGGUGCGAGGGGCCGAUGUUGGCCGAUACGAUCUCGCGAACAUUGGAGCUCGCCACCAUGGCUCCGGAUCUCUGCAUUUCAUGCAAGAUUUUGCGCCUUGAUGAACACGAUACAGCAGUUCACUUAUUCCCAAACCUGCAUUGCAGUAUUGUUAGUAUAGACAUUUGAAGAUAAAAAUGUAAAAAAAAAAAAAAAAGAAUUGUUUAGGAUUUAUAGGUGUGCGCGUGUGGUUGUGUAAUAUGUAGAGAGAAAAAGGGGUGUGUAUGUAAUUAGUGCCAUUUAUUGUCCUCCAACUGUAAAAUGUUUGUGGAUGA